CCAGAAAGCCGUUCAACGUUGCGUAUUGGGUGACUCAACAGUAAUUUAAAUGUAACCUUGAGUCCCAGCAUAAAAGGGCCCUGGGAAGGCUGGCGAGGCGGAGAUCAGCGAGGUCUGGAAAUCAGCUUCUGCGUGUAAGCAGGGUGUCUGCAGUGUGAUGUAGAUAAAGAGGCUGCAUGCUGUGUCUUGUAGCAGAAUCUGUCGGGGCCGGCUCUCUCACUUUGGCACACAGCCAUACUGCAGCUGAGAUUAAAACCUGCUGAUCUUCAGAAGGACACCAUGUUAACCCUGUGGCUUGUUGUCUUGCUUGCUGUGAGUGCGAGCUUUGAAGAAUUUUCUCAAGAGAAACUCAGAAAGCUUUCAACCGAGGGACAAAACUACUUAAAUAAACAAAUUGAAAAUGCCAUCAAUGGAGCAAAAGUUAUGAAAUCGCUUACAGAUAAGAAUGACAAAGAACACCAGAAGUUCCUAAGAAAUUUAGAACUAACCGACAAGCAAAAGAAGGAUGCUCUUGUGGCUGCCAAGGAAGCCCAGAGAAAACUGAAUGAAACAGAGAAGUGUCAGCUCAGAGAGUCCAUGUGGGAAGAAUGCAAGCCCUGCUUGAAACAAACAUGUACAAAGUUCUACUCGCGUGUUUGCAGAAGAGGCUUCAAUACCGUUGAAAAAGAAGUGGAAAAAUUCUUCAAUGUAACGCCAGUAGACUCUGUUUGGGUUAACGGUGAGAAACUGGAUUCGCUGAUGGAAAAGAAUGAAGAACUGGGUAAACAAUUUGAACAGGUUGAAAGACAGUUUGAAGACAUGGAUGAAUUUUUCAAAGAGAGCACAAAGGCCUUUGAAGAUAUGGAUAGCUUUGCUGGAAGUCCCUUCAAUGGCAUGGGUUUUUUCCCAAGUCAUUUUUCUUUGUUUCCAGAUUAUUCCUUUCCCAGAUUUGGAUCCAAUAGCUUUGGACAUGGAAUGCUUUCCUCGUUGUUCGAUAUGACUCAGAGGAUGUUUGAGAAAUUCCAUAGAAUCAUGCAUGAACCUGAAUUAAAUCCAGAACUGUUUCCUGAGGGAGAAGGAUCAAAUGAGACAUCACCAGAUGGAAAGAAUCAAUUCAUCUGUCACGAAAUACGCCGGAAUUCAGCUGGUUGCAUGAAGCUUUCCAACAAGUGUGAGAAAUGCAAAGAACUCAUGUCCUUGGAGUGUUUUGACACAGAUCACAAACCUUUACGAAGGACUUUUGAAGAAUCUCUCUCGAUGGCAGAAAAAUUCGCAAAGAAAUAUGAUGAUCUAAUGUUUGAAUUUCAAGAAUACAUGAAAAACCAAACAAGAGAACUAGAAAACCUUAACACACAGUUUGGAUGGGUGUCUAAACUGGCAAAUUAUACAAAAAGCCCCGAAGGGUUUUACAAUAUUAAAACCGUAAUAUCAAGCUCUGAAAGCAGCAAUAGUAUGUCCGGCAACCCUGAAACCAAGGUGACGGUUCAGAUAUUUGAUUCACCGCCGUUGACUUUCACCGUCCCCGGAGACUCUGACUGGAAUGAUCCCAAGUUCUCGGAUAUGCUGGCACAGAAAGCAUUGGACCUUUACAACAAGUGGAAGAUGGAAGUCUCACCAACACAUCAGCUGGAAACUAUAGAGGCGUGAGCAGAGCAAGUUCUUGCUUUACUUGCUUUGAAGACUACUUCUGUAAACCUUUUAGCAGGUAGCAAAUAGGUUUAUAGCACAAAGCUACUGAAAAUCUUCUGCACUGCUGCCGCUGGUCUACUGCACUGCUGCCGUUUAACAUGGACUAUUAAAUAAACGCUAUUGGAAGCAAAUUAAA